AUCAUUGUGUACCAUUGUGUACGCCACGCCGGACAUGAGAAUGGGGGAAAAUAAAGCAUUGUAUCUUAUCACGUAACACAUAUAUAUGAUGACGGAAUAGAUUCCGCUAUAAAGCGAUUUGCUCAUACAUUAUUGAACUACGUUAAUUUUUUCAAUUUAGUUUUAGUCUUUAAUUCAACAUAAGGAUGAUGACAAUUAUACUCGGACUACAUUUUCUCUGUUUUCUUGAAAUAUUUUUGCGAUGUGAAGUUUCGGCCGGUUUAAGGAGAGGAGGACAAAAUGUAAAAGAAAUUGGAUGGCAAAGUAAAGAAGCAAGAUAUAAGAAAUGUGGCUGGUGGAAACCGAAAUGGCCAUGGGCUCAGUGUACUGAAUAUUCAAAUGUGUAUCGUUUUCGUUUAGAAUGUAAAGAAGGUUGGAAACAACAAUAUACAUAUUCUGACAGUUGUGACAAUGCAAUAUGUAACGGAAAAUCUGGACCAGAUGCUUGUAAUAUACGAUAUAAGCUCCCUUACUGUCAGAAAACAAGAAAAGAAAAAAACCCAAUCUGCGACAGUGGAGGGAGUUGUAUUUUUCCAGAUAUUUGCUCAGACUGUGACGAUGGAUUCUAUAAUGAUGGACCAUACUGUCGAGUAUGUGGGACCAUUGAUCACUGUAAUCACAGAAGGUGCACUAACUCUUACAAUCAACACUGUGAAUGGUGUGAAGGAGAAAUUAUGCCAAAACAGUAUUGGAGAGCCUACAUUAGUUCUUUUGACAAAAGAACAUGUCAGAAGGCUUGUUCCUGGAGAACAGAUAGUACUCGCUGUUUCCCUGGAACGUGUACUUAUGAACUUGCCAGUAAAUGUAAAUGCAAUGCUUACUUUAGUGGACGACAUUGUGAAAACAUUGACAACACACCAACGAUACUAUACAAUUAUUGUAAAUUUUAUGAUAAAGAUGGACAUAAUGUAUUAGAAAAUAAUGGUAACUGGAACACCCCUGGCCAUCCAACUAAAUGGACAAAUUAUGAUGGAUAUACAAAAGUUUCAGUUAGUCUAACAGCAAAAUAUUUGCAGCCAGGAGUCAUAAUUACUAAUCAUUAUGUGAAAAAGUACAGUAUUGGCUUAAUUGAGGGAAAAGUAACUCUUUAUUAUUGUAAAGGUUCAUCAUGUAAAAAGAUGAUAAAAACUUGUUCCGGUAUGAAUAGAGAUGCACCAAUAUCAUUUAAACCGUGCAAGUUUACCAUUGGAAUCAAUACUUGGCCAUUGACACAUAAUGAUAGAGUAGUUGCUGAAUUUUCAUCUACAAAUGGAGGAUAUGUGACUGUGGCUAACCGGGAUAAAAGCCAAUCUGAUUCUGAGACAGAUAAAUAUUACUAUUCUGGUAAAACUCUCACAAGGCAGUUUGAGUAUCGAUGGGACUUAGAGAAACCGUACCAUUGUUCUGAAAAGCCAGGAUCGCCAUGUACACCAUUUCUAGAUCUUUCAGAAGAUAUUACUGAAAAUCGUAAUCUGAGUUUUCGGUGGGGAGGAUGGUCAGAUGAUUUAUCAGGUCUAGAUCAUUAUGAAUAUGACCUGUAUUAUCUUGGAGUGAGUGGAAUAAAUAAUGAUGCAGUCUUGGUUGAUGGUGGCGGUAGCGGUGGAUAUUUGGUGUUAAAAAAAAGUGUACCAAUUACAGAAUCCUCUGGAUCUUUGCAUUUGAACGAAUCCGGGAUGUAUUCUUUACAUUUACUUGCUUUUGAUAAAGCCGGGAAUUAUAAAUCAGGAAGAAAUCUGUUCCUGUAUGAUAACCAGUCAGUAGUGGAAAAACAAGGAAAGAAGACAACAUACAGUUCCACUGCUUCAAAAAAUACAUCGUAUACUUGGGUUACUUCAAAUACAAACCAUGUCCAGGUGGAUUGGAAAGAUCGAUUCAUCAAUGUCAGACAUAAUCAUAAAAAAUGGUUAAACCUUGUACAGACAUAUACUACAAAAGAAAUUGAGGAUUUGUAUGGAGAGAGGACAAAUAUCAGAAUAAAUAAUGUAAAUGGUAUUGUCGAUUUUCAAGUAUCAUAUGAAGUUGAAAGCUUUGACUUAAAACAUAAAAGCUUAAAGGAUUCACGACCUUUCACCUCUGUUUCCGAUAUAUAUAAUCAGUAUGAUGUCCUGACAUUAAACUGGACCGAUGGCGACCGUUUGACAGCUACAGUUAAAGCUAUUGAUAUACUGGACAAGACUGACCAAGAAACUAUUAUAGUGUACAGAGAUGCCACACCUCCCAUUAUUGAAAAUUUAUGGAUGACAAAAGGUCACAGAUUAAACAUUAGCGUACAUAGUUUAGAAGAUUUUACAAAGAUGACGAUAGAAUGGGUAGCAUAUGAUAUUCACAGUGGAUUAGACUCCGUGUUUUGGAGAUUAUAUGACAGCAUGACUGAUGUUCUCCAUGGGCAUGAAGAUGUCAUAGCCCAGGGACAUGCUAAAAAUCUGACACAUUGUGAAGAUAUAUACAGUCAAAAUGCUAGAGGAGCUAACUGCUACUGUACACCAUUUCAUGGAUGUUUCCAUCGUCAUUUCCAAAUUAAACCUGAAAUUAAAGAACAUGGAGGACUGAUAGAAAACAAAAAUAGCGGAACACAUGAACACGAUUAUUUUAUAGAGAUAUCUGUUACAAGUUUUGCUAAUCUUACCACGGUUCUGACCAGAAAGAUAACCAUAGAUGUUAGUCCACCACAUUCCGGUGCUGUUCAUGAUGGACUACAAGGAAACCCAGAAAUAGACUACCAACAAGGAAUGGACCUAAGUGCCUACUGGGACCAGUUCUUCGACAGAGAGAGUGGGGUAUUUUUCUACCAGUAUAUAGUUAAUACAAGUUGUGCUGAUCAGACUGAUUUUGUUCCUGGUGGUUCAAACAUUAUAGAGACAUAUAAUACUUUUGGUAGUCACACAGUCAAUGGUGAUGGUACUUACUACUUCACUGUUGUGGCUUAUAACAGAGCCCUUGACCCUUCAGAACCAGUUUGUUCUGAUGGUGUUACGAUAGACAGUUCUGUACCAGGAGUUAAGGAAGUAGUUGUUACAGAUUUUAUUAUCACUGGUGGUCUUGUCAAAGAUCGAGAUACUUUAAAAUAUUAUAUCAUUGGACCAGAUCGAAUUAGGAGACUGAUUCCUAAUCCAACUGCUGACUGUAUAACUAAAGCUACACCUUUGAAUGGUACAGAUAUUUUUCCUCUGAUGAGAACUGACAAUGGAAGCAUUGUUGAAGUAGACAGCAAUGUUUUCUGUUCUAAUUCCAGUUCAUCACCAAGUGUCAUAGGAUUAACCUUGUUUAAAUCAUCAUUGCUAGAGAUGUCUUGGGAACCUCUUGACAUACCGGCCAAAGUAUUUGAUUAUGAAGUUGGAUUCUCUUCAACAGCAGGAAGUGCAGCUCCUGACAUCAUGGCAUUUGAGUCGACAAAACAACAUGCCCAUGUUAGAGUGAUGCAUACCAAUAUACCUGAUGGGUCACAGUUUUUUAUCAUCAUCAAAACAAUCAGUAAAUCUAAUGUGGAAGGGCUUACAACUUUAGGUCCAUGUCUCAUGGAUACUACACCACCACAGAUUGAUGGAGGUAGUGGUAUUUUUACAGUACAACUUUUAGGGGAUUAUCUGGUAACCACAUGGCCUGGUGCAGCUGUGUCUGAUAGUGAAGAAUUAUUUACACUGGACUAUCAAUUUGCUAUCGGCCACAAUUCUAACGGAACAGAUGUACAAGGCUAUCAACCAUUGAAAUCAGGGAGCAGUUGUAUGUUGAGCCAACCACCAUCUUGUACAGCUGUCAAUGUAUCUGAUUUAGACUGGUAUCUACAUGGAAAUCAUACAUACUAUGUGUCAAUUAAGGUUACCAACACAGCAGGACAAACAGCCAUCCAGUCAUCUGGUCCCUACAUACAUGAUGUGCAGUUACCAGCUGAGGGAGUUGUUUUAGAUAUUGAUACUCAGGAUAUCCCAACACACAUCCAAUUCAAGGAUAUACAAGACUUCGACUUUCAGACGGCUACCAACAUAAUUGCUGCACGUUGGUCCGGAUUUGCACAUCCACAUUUAAAUGUUACCUACAGAGUUAGUAUUGGUACUACCAUUGGAGGAAGUGAUGUUGUAUCUGCGAAGGAUGUGGGUGUCAGUCUAGUUCACAAGGAAACUGGGCUGUCUCUGACACCUUAUCAGAAAUACUUUUUCACUGUAACAGCUAAGACUUCAGCAGGGAAUGAAUGGAAAUCGUCUGACGGUGUUACAAUAGUUACAGAAAAUGAUCUUCUAUCAGGAGUUUCAAUUUUUGAUGGAGAACCUUGUAAUAUGACUAAUAAAAUGUUAGAACAUCAUAUGGAGGACCACAGAUUAUAUUGUUCAGAUGAUGUUGACAUCCAGAUGUCCACAAAUUCAUUAAAAGCUUACUGGACUAUACCAGAUACUAUGAAGUCUUACACCACUGAUGCAUACAUUGCUAUAGAGAAGAGUGUCGGAAACUAUUGGAGUAUUUUCCGUGAUUUUCUCAAAAUAUCAACAGUAUUGAAGAUGAGCCUUGAUGACUUAACUUUAAGCCCUGGUGUAAAGUAUCGUGUUGUAUUAAAGCUGUGUGCUAAAACCAUCUGUUUCUCACAUAUCAGUACCGAUGGUGUCACGGUGAUUGCCAAUCCUCCCGUUACAGGGGACGUAACUGUGGAACAUUUUAAUUCCACACAAACAAGUGGGGCUGAGAAGCUAAUGGUGUCUUUUGCCCAGUUUUAUGACCCAGAUAUUGAGGACAUGACUGAAAAAUAUACUUUUGUUGAUAAAUAUGAGUUUGCUAUCACAGACAAUUCUGUACAGGGAAAGAUAUACAUGGUUUGGACCAAAUUAGACUAUACAGCAAUUGGACAUCAGAUUUCCUUUGAGUAUGUUUUGAAUGGUACAAUGGAUUUUUCUAGGUGUAAAAGAUUUUCUAUUAGAGGAUACAACAAAGCCAAGCUGUACUCUACAGUGUCGACUGAAAUAAAAGAUUGUAGUGCAUUUAACCCAAUAUUAAUACAACCAAACAUUGUAAUAGAUGCUGUAGGUGAACCGGAUGCGACUGCUGGAAUUGGUAGACCUGUCUUUCUUGAGCAAAAUGCAUUGUGGACAGAAGCAGAUAGAGAUUACACCCCGUACAAAAAUGUAAUAUCAGCUGUGUGGCCAACCUUACGGCAUAAAAAUUAUGACUAUGCCAUUAUAGAAGUCAGGGAAGUUGAUGUGACUACAUACUAUCGUCAAGUAAAUCAGUUACAAUUGAAGAUACCAUGUGACCAUCCAGAUAGAAUAAAAUGUGGACAUACAGGAAAUGGGUUCAUGAAUGUAGAGUUCACGAACAAUGAGUUAUUGCACGGCACUCGUUACACUGUAUGUGUUCAUGCUGAUGCUACAAAGAUCCAACAUGAAACCUGGAUAGAGGACUUGUCAGAGAUUAACGAAUGUAGCGAUGGAAUAAUUGUAGACUUGACACCACCUGUAGCAGGCAGAUUGUGGAUUGGUACAAAUCUAGGUCAGAUUUAUCAGACUACCACUACCAACUUGUAUGUAAACUGGGAUGGAUUCCGUGAUGUAGAAGAAUAUGGAGUAGGGCCUCAUUCUACUGGUAUUAAAGAAUAUAUAUUGGGUAUUGGCACAACUCCAGGUGGAAAUGAUGUCCAUGCCUUUGAGAAUAUCGGAAUAGUACAACAUAAAGCUUUACCAAAUCUUAACCUGCAGAAUGGAUACAAGUAUUAUGCAACAUUGAAAGCUGUUGAUUUUGCUAACAGAGAAAAACUCAAAGUUUCAGACCCAAUAACCAUUGAAUAUACUCCACCUGAGAGAUCGGAUAAACCAAUCACUUUAUCAAGUCGUCUUAUCACAUCAAUUACAGAAAUAAACCCGUGUUGGAAAGGAGUAUUUAUUGACCUUGAAUCGGGUAUAGAUUAUUACCUGUGGUCAGUUGGAUCAGAGCCUGGCUAUACAGAUAUGAUGUUAUACAUUAAGGUUGUUGAUAGGGAAUGUGGAAUUAUAGACAAGAAUAAUCCCUUAAUACUUCAGGAUGGUCAUUAUUAUUAUAUUAAUGUCAUGGCAUUCAACAAGGCAGGAUUAUCAUCAUUGGCGACAUCCUGGGCUUUCCAAGUGGACACAACGCCACCUACACCUGGUCAGGUAUACGAUGGAGAUAAACGUCAGCUGACAGGAAGUGUUAAAGACAUUGACUACCAGACAGAGACCAAAGUUCUAUAUGCUUACUGGGAAGGUUUCCAUGAAUCCCACUCCACAAUUAAAGAUUACUAUGUCUCUGUAGGAACGUGUCCAAGCUGUGAGGAUGUUUUACAGCAACAGGCAAUUGGAAUUACAUAUGAAUUCACAUUAGAAAACAUCCACCUCGGCACAGGACUGAAAUAUUACACUGCAGUGACUGGAUGUAACACAGCAGACAUGUGUACAACAGUGACAUCAGAUGGUGUGAUUAUAGACAAUAGUCCGCCAACAGCAGGGGUAGUCCAAGAUGGAACUGGCUUCUAUGAUACAUCAUAUCAAUCUAUGAUAAUCUACUUGUCAGCCAAAUGGUACGGGUUUGAUGACCCCCAAUCUGGUCUACAGAAGUAUGUAUGGAGGGCAGGACUAAAACCGGGUUAUGGUGACAUAGUAUCACCUAUAGAGCUCCAUCUGACAGAAACUGCGACUUUACUGAACUCUACCAAUAACAACCUUGACCUUCCUGUGAACAAGAGGAUCUUUGUAACUGUCAGAGCAUAUAAUAAAGCUGGAUUAUGGUCUGAAUCAUCAUCCAAUGGAAUCAUUGUGGACAACACACCACCAGUUAUUUCUAAUCCACCGACAUUUGCAGCUGACAAUGGAAUAAAGGGAUUGACACAGAUCUAUAGAACAACUAUGAAGGUUGAAUGGGCUGUUGAUGAUGAAGAGUCACAUAUAAAAAGACAGUACGUGUCUAUCAAAUCUCAUAUUGGAGGAGAAUUCAUGUUAUCUUCACAGUCGGUGAAUGGUAUAGCAAGGUCUUAUGUAUUUACUGGUUUAGAUUUACAUGAUGGAGUGACCUAUUAUGUUAACUUGAUAUCCUGUAACAGUGCUGAGAUAUGCGUUAUGUCUACAUCACAAGGAAUGUAUGUAGACAGUACACCACCAUCUAGAGGAACUUUUGCAGUGGCCACUGACCAUGCAGUCGAACAUGACCUUGCCAGAAAAGAAGAUGGGUGGAUGGCUUGGGAGACUUAUGUUGUGUAUCUGGCAUGGUUAGGAUUCAGUGAUAUCCAUUCACAGAUAGAUCAUUAUAUGGUCACUGUAGGAUCAUCAUACAUGGCUAAAGAUUUAACUAAGGAUCACAAAGCAAAGUACAUCCAUACAGAUGGAAAUAAAGAUCAUGGUGAUGAGGGCAAAGUUCAACUGUACAAAGUAGAGACAGAAAAACUAACCGAUUAUGAUGAACUCUUUAUUACUGUGUGGGCAGUAAAUAAGGUUGGUUUGCGAAGUCAUCUGGUCCAUUCAGCCUUCAGAAAAACUCCACCAAAGUCUUUGGAUUUAGUCAGAAGAUGCGAUGCUUUAUCCUGUGAAGGUCAUUGUAUAUGUGCUCCGCAGGACCAGAGGUGUCCAGAUUCUCCAACUAUUGGUGUUUGUAAUGAUUUGUCGGACAGUGUCUUUGCUGGUACCCAGUAUUCAUUAUUGCUUGUGGAAGAUACAAAUGGCUUCUCAACUGAUGAUCAGCGGGUGACAGCAUCUAACACUGUACUGAGAGCUGCAUGGCAGAUAUCGCAGCAAUAUCCAUCUAAACCUAACUGGUAUGAAUGGAGUGUUGGAUAUGCAGACGAGUCAACACCACUAGGUAUCUUUGACACAGGACAUGAUAAAGUGUGGCAGGAUGCUGGUCAGUUGAUGGAUGCUGUGUUUACUAUUGGUCCAGGUAAAGACGUACUAGAGAAUGCAAUGCUAUAUUCUGUAUUUGUUAAAGUUUGGUAUUCCGCCAACAUUUAUGCUGUGUUUAAGACAAAUGGUAUAUAUGUGAUGACAAAAGCACCUGUGUUAGCAACAGUUAGAGGCACUAUGGUAACAGAAAAAGUACAAGGUACAAAAGUUAAAGAUGACGAUUAUAUAAGUAUUGGACGACCUAUAACCUACACAUGGAAAGACAAAUUCAUGAAUGCUGAGGCUACGAUUGAAAAUUAUAGACUAUAUCUAAGUUCAUUUCCAGGAGGUUAUGACAUCCGGACAAUACAUAAAAAUAUACCAGGGACGGCAACAGGAUACAACAUGUCUAGAAUCACCCUUGUACCUGGUGUUAAGUAUUACUCCAAUGUUAUAGCUUAUAACUAUGCUGGAGCCCACACUACAUCCACAUCUGAUGGAUUCAUUGUGGACCAUGUGAUUCCUUCAGCAGGUAUCGUUUAUGAUGGAUUAGGAAUAUUGGACAUAGAGUACCAAAACUCAACAGACAAUGUGGCAGCUCACUGGCAUGGAUUUAUAGAUACAGAGUCUGGUAUUCAGUCAUACUUCUGGUGUGUAGGGAAUACAACUCAUGUACACAGAAUUUACUCAAAUUCAGAAUGCAGUGUUCAUCCGUGGAUCAACGUUGGACUUCGAGUUUCUGCAUCAAAGAAUCUAUCUACAGAUAUAUUACAGGGGGAAAAAAUAUACAAUAAAGUGUAUGCUAUUGAUGGUGUUGGUAGAAGAUCAUCUAUUGUUGUCUCUGAUGGAGUCAUAAUUGACAUAACUUCUCCUAUUCCGGAAAAGUUCAUAAUUGCUACAGAAUUAUUUGGAAAUAACACAUCAUUUGAAAACACAGGUGGAGAAGAAGUUAAAUUUGAAAAUGUCAGUUCUACAGAUAUUUGUAUGAUUUCCAAGAGUUUUCAUCCAUUGUCAUGGACACCUUCACCAUUAACUUGCAUGGCAGUUGUGUCAUCUGAAGUUAAUUUAGCAAAAGAUGGGCGAUCUUUUUUGUUUAUAAGAGGAAGUGCUAGCCAGUGGAUUGAAACAUUCAGGGCAGGAUAUCUAUAUAAAAUCUCAUUUUUCUCCAGCCAUUUGCCAAUAACAGAUUCUGUUGGAGCAAAUAAAGAAGGAUUUAUACAACUUGAUGGUGUAAAACACAUCUUUUUGAUUUACACAAAGCCAUAUCGUCAUGAUGGACAUGAACUAGAAGACAGUCGAGAGAACAUUUCAUGGCAUGCUCACACAUUCUUUUUUAAAGCCAUCAAUACUCAUGCUAAUAUCACAAUAGGGAGUACAGACAAGACUACAGGAAUAUAUUUAGAUAACAUUUCUGUACAGGAAGUUAAUUUAACAACUAGUGCCACAAGUGGUCAUGUGCUUGGACAUGUUAUUUAUUUACAUGCGUGGAGUUCUAUUCAUGGUUCAUGGAGUUUCGAAGAUCCAGAAUCACCAAUAAUAGACUACACAUGGGCUAUAGGUUAUUCAGAGGGAGGUACACAGAUCCAACCAUUCAGAAGUGUGGGACUUAUGAAUUUUGCAGUUAACAAUAAUGUAACACUGGUCCACAACACCUAUAUUUAUGUGACAACUAUAGCCACUAAUGCUGCAGGAUUGAGGGGCGUGUCAUUUUCUGAUCCCAUUUUGGUGGACCUGACACCUCCUGAGUUUCAAUUUGUAAAUGACGGAACAGGUACAGAUGAAGAUGCCUGGGAAUUUAAUGAAGUGCGUGCUAACUGGGCGGUUGAAGAUCCUGAAUCUGGUAUUCUGUUAUGUAAAUGGGCUAUAGGCUACCAGCCUGGAGGGAAUGAUCUAUUACCAUUUACAGUAGUGACGACUACAACAGCUUACAAAGAGUUUCCUUACAAUUUAUUAACUGGCCAUACCAUUUAUACAACAUUGACAUGUGAGAACCAUGCAGGAUUGUCCUCUGUCAUGUCAUCCGAUGGAGUGAAGAUUUCAGACCAACCUCCAUCAGUGGCAGCAGCAGUUGUUGAGAAUUUGCCUUUGUCUAUGACAGAGUACAACCCGAGAGACUCAUACCAAGGAGUUACAGAUAAUUUCAGACUGAAGUGGACAGGAUUUGAUGACAAUAUAGGAGUAGAACGAUACGAGGUCUUUUAUAAAGAUGGUGGCAUAUCAGAGUUGAUGUUCUUUGCAGAUGUUCAAGAUGUACUUUAUGCCCAUUUUACAAAGAUAUCUAUUAAAGAGGGAUCAAACAAUAUCUCUGUUCAAGCUAUUAACAAAUUGUUUAAAACAAGCAGUAAAGUUACAUCUUAUUCAACUAUCGAUAUAUCUUCGCCAAAAGUAGAAACAACAAAGACCAUGUCCAUUAACUGGAUAAAUAACAGAGUAGUUGUUUCGUGGAACAAAAUUUUCACAUCAGACAAUGAUCUAUUCUAUGAAGUGUCCUCUGGAUCUACACAAGGAGGAGUUAAUAUAAUGCAAUGGCAGGAAACCAAACAAACCAGUAUUACAUUUGGUAUUCCAUCAUCAGUUUCAGUUACCACAGGGUUACCAGUUCACAUAACUGUCACAGCAGUCUCUGUUAGUGGAUUUUCGGCAGUAAAAAAAGGAAGUUUUAGACUUCCGUAAUUCUCCCAUUUUCUAGUCACCUCUGUUUAUAGUCCCUUUAUACCUCUGAACAAAGACAUAUUUGUUGAGCAAUUUGUAGUCUAUUUUAUACCUUUUAGAACCAUUUUGAAUUAUUACAUUUGGUUACUUAUUUGUAGGUAAUAAAACAAUAUAUAUUCCACACUAGUAAAUCAUUGACACUAAACUUAUCUUCAUAAUUAUCAAAUAACAUUUCCAAUCUUACCUAGGUUCGUUUCAAAUUUGGCGUUUUUCACAAUUUUUUCUUUAUUGCAAAUAUUUCAAUACUUUUUGUAAUUAUUUGAAAUUACAGUAUACGUGUAUGAAGACAUAUUUCCGCCUUUGGAAGUACAAAUAUUUUGUUACUAAUAAGUUAAUCUGGUUUGUUUUCAAGUUAAACUUGUGUGUUUUCAAGUUAAACUUGUUUGUUUUCAAGUUAAACAAUAAUGUUGUUAUUUUCCUGAUUUACAAUAUUUUGCUUACUGUACUUUAUGUACCAAUGAAUUCUUGAUAUUUUCCGUACAUUUAAUCACUUUAUUUGGAAAUAAGAAUGAUAAAUAACAGGAGUAAAAACACAGUUACUUGAAUUUGCCACAAAAAUGUAAAUGGAUAAAUUUGUAUGAACAUAGGUGUAUUACAUUUACAAUCAGAUUCUCAUUACGUUUGUGUACAUUCAUAAAAUAGGUAUAUUUAGGUAAAUUUUAUAUAGUUCAAUAUAAUAUAACAUGUUAUUAUUAUAAAUUUUAUUAUUAGAAGUUACAAUUUUUGUUACCCUUUCUAUUCCCCUGGCUUUUUCUAUAAUUCGGCGUAAAAUAGGCAUCAAUCAAUCAAUCUAUUCCCGUGAUUAUGAAAGUGAAGGCUCUUACAGUUACAAUUUAGACCGUCGAAAGUUCGUAAUUUUUUUUUAACUGUGUUCAAAUGUAAAACGUCCAUUAUACCUUAAAUAAAUAUAAUUACUUA